AUGGAGAUGGGCUCAACAGUGUAUCCGGUUGUCAUGUUUGGCGAAAGGACACCACCCAAGUUGAAACAUAAGUUUUACACUAUACCUCCUGAUACCGUUAAAGCAUACCUGAACUCCAAGCGGUUAGGUAAUGCUGUCUGUACAGGCAUCGUACAGAAAGAAGCUGAUUGUUUCGCCGCCCAAAUUAAAGGCGCCAAAUUGAGUCACCCAACCGGCAAGCUCGAAGUACACUUGCACAUUGUCUCUCCUCGCAAGUGGAGUCUAAUCGGCCAAUUGCGACGA